UAUCAAUUAACAGCGUAGACAUAAUAUCUAGAUAGAUUAAUUACAAGGCAAAAUAAUUAUUUAUUGUAAUCAGUAAGUUAUAAUUGCUAGGUAGUACAGGACGUUACAUUUUGGUUUACUAAUAUGUUACCGUUACUGUUCGUAACAUUAGUGACGGCGGUGGCGGCAAGACGGUCACCCGGUGCUGAUUACGUCGAGAAUUGGUUGAAGCAAGAUGGUAAUAAUAGGUACUCAUCAGACGUUAUCGAAGAUGCACUUCUUGAUGUUCCUGACUUAAUCGAAAAAUAUGGUUAUCCACUUGAAAUUCACAAAGUAAUUACAUCUGACUAUUACGUUUUGGAAGCUCACAGAAUACCCCAUGGCAGAGAUCAGAAUAAUGAGUCGGACACUAACAGGCCUGUUGUGUUACUCAUGCACGGUCUUUCAUCUUCGUCGGUUGAGUUCGUUGCUGUGGGACCGGCCAGUGCUUUGGCUUAUAUCCUCGCAGAGGCUGGAUACGACGUAUGGUUGGGCAAUGCUCGAGGAAAUUAUUACUCCAGGGAAAAUUUAUACUUAGACCCAGAUGACCGGCGUAAUCUGGACUUUUGGAGAUUCAGCUGGGAUGAAAUCGGCAAUAUUGAUUUACCAGCUUUCAUAGAUUAUAUCUUAAAAGUGACUGGCCAGUCAAAAUUGCAUUAUAUCGGAUACUCCCAGGGCUGUACGGCAUUUCUCGUCCUCGCGUCUUUGAGACCCGAGUACAAUGAGAAGAUCAUUUCAUUCCAAGGCAUAGCCCCGGCUGCAUUUUUCGUAUACAAUGAAAAUGCCUUUUUGGACAUAGUUCCACCAUAUGAAGCAUCCCUUGAGGAUAUUGCCAGCAAGUUAGGUAUAGGUGAGAUAUUAGGUAAUAGAGAGCUCUUUAUGUGGUUUGCUGUAAAUCAUUGCAUUGAGGGCAGCGUACUUCACCGUCUGUGCAGCAUACUCGCGAUAGGAGGUGAUACGACUUUUUUCAAUACGACGUUAUCGCCAAUAUAUUUCGGCCACACUCCAGUCGGCGUCUCUAUACGACAAGUUAUUCACUACGGCCAGUGCGCCAAUAGCAAAGAAUUCAGGAGAUACAACCAUCUACCGAUCACCAAUAUAGCUAAAUAUGGCCGCCCAGUACCACCCUCCUACGAUCUUUCCCAAAUCACCACACCGGUAUAUCUUUAUUACUCUCUGGGUGAUACAGUUGCGGACUAUAGAGAUAUUUUAUAUUUAGCCGAUAGAUUGCCAAAUGUAGUUAGUUUGUAUCAAGUAGAAAGACCAAGUUUCACUCAUCUGGAUUAUGCUUGGGCGAUUGAUGCAAAAGAACAAGUGUAUGAUAAGUUGAUCACUUUUAUGAAGAAGGCUGAAGCAACAAAUAAAAAUUAAUUCUAAGACUCAUUGUAUGUUAAUUAUGUUUGAAUAAAUCUAAUGGUAUUUUAAAAUA